ACGAACUUCGAUUGCCGAACUAAAAUUAAUCUAGGGUUUCCUCUCCUCUUCGAAAUCUCCCAAAUAUCAUCUCUUUGUUUUUAUCGAACAUGAUGCAACAACCAGCAGCUGGAGGUGUGGCUCCACGGCCGUCUAUUGAAGCUGACCAGUCUCAAACUCAUCAGUACCAGCAACAACCGCAGUCGCAGCCGUGGAUGAUGAUGCCUCAACAACAACAACAGCCGGUUCCUCCGCCUUCUGGUUGGACUCCUCAGCCCGUUCCUCCGCCAACUCAGAUGCAGCAGUACUCCACCGUCUCUGCUGCUGCUGGCUCCGGCGAGAUUCGAUCUCUCUGGAUCGGUGGCCUUCAGCCGUGGAUGGAUGAGAAUUACCUCAUCAGUAUCUUUGCUCAAACUGGAGAAGUGGUUUCGGCUAAGGUGAUUAGGAAUAAGCAAACGGCUUUACCUGAAGGAUAUGGAUUUAUUGAGUUUGUGUCUCGAGCGGCAGCUGAGAGGGUUUUGCAGUCAUAUAACGGCGUGCCAAUGCCAAGUGCUGAGCAGAAUUUUAGGUUGAAUUGGGCAUCUCUUGGAUCCGGGGAAAAGAGGCAAGAUGAAGGUCCUGACUACACAAUCUUUGUUGGGGAUUUAGCUUCAGAUGUUUCGGAUUAUGUGUUACAAGAGACUUUUAAGUCUGUUUACCAUUCUGUUAAGGGUGCAAAAGUGGUUACUGAUAGGACUACAGGACGUUCAAAAGGUUAUGGGUUUGUGAGGUUUGGUGAUGAAUCUGAACAGAUUCGUGCCAUGACCGAAAUGAAUGGGAUGUAUUGUUCAACGAGGGCAAUGCGGAUUGGACCAGCUUCUAAUAAGAAGGCUGUAACUGGUCAGCAGUUUCAGGAAGCUACUUACCAGAAUGCGCAAGGAAAUACUGGUGAGAAUGAUCCAAAUAAUACCACUAUAUUUGUUGGUGGUUUGGAUCCCAGUGUUUCAGAAGACCAAUUAAAACAAAUAUUUAGCCAACUUGGUGAAGUUGUUCAUGUAAAAAUUCCUGCUAACAAGAAUUGUGGUUUUGUUCAAUAUGCUAACAGGGCUAGUGCAGAGCAAGCUUUGCAAGUUCUGAAUGGUACCAGUUUUGGAGGAAGGAAUGUUCGACUUUCAUGGGGACGGAGUCCUUCAACAAAACAGGCUCAACCCGAUCAAGCUCAUUGGAAUGGCGGAUAUUAUGGAUAUCCUCAAGGAUAUGAAGCAUAUGGAUAUGCACCUCCUCCCCAGGAUCCUAACAUGUACUAUGGAGGCUAUCACGGAUAUGGGAAUUACCAGCAGCCAGGGGCUUAUCAACAACCGCAACAGUGAGUUGCAGUUGCUUUAACCAUCAUUCGGAACCGGUCUCAGCUCGUUCCGGGGCACUUGUAGGCGGUGUUGGUUUGAUCAGACAUGUUUGAAGGUUUGUGAGUCUUUCAUCUGUUGUAGAAUUCGUGGUGGUUGGUUUUUGGAGAGAGUUCUGUUCCCUGUUUACCCUUC